GCAAGAUUUAGACGUGGUGGUUGGCUUUCGGUCCGUCGUAUAGUUUAGUUAGUUAGUUGAGUUUUGUUGUUUAAUUUUGCAGCAGUUAAUGAGAAGAAGAAGACUCGUCAUUAAAUAAUUAAUUGAGGUUUGAAACAUCUAGUUUUUCUGUUAAAAGAAGAUCGAACCCCAUGUCGGGCGGCGGACUGAUGAAUUUUGAGGUGAAUUUGGCCCCUUUCCGGGAGCCGAGAGGGUUCAUAAAAGUUUUGCAAUGGUUCUUCGCGAUACUCGCUUUUUCGACGACGGUGAGUUUUACGACGGAAUUUGGCUUCACUCUGCCCUGUCCGGUCAACAAUGGGACGCAAGUGAUCCGGCAAACGGUGGAGUAUCCAUUUGAGAUGGACCAUUAUCCAACGGUCAAGGUGGACAAGACCUGUGUGGCAGGUGGGCUUGAAAUCGUGUUCUUUGGGAAUGCUCGAUCCGACGCGCAGUACUACGUUUGCACCGGAGUGUUGUCCUUCCUCUACGCGAUGAUCGGUGGGGUGCUGUACCUUCUGUAUGAAAAGGUGUAUCAGACCAAUAACAAGGUCCCACUUAUCGACUUCGUGGUGACCUUGGUCCUUGCCAUCUUUUGGAUUUCUGCCAUCGCCGCGUUCGGCAAAGGGGUUUCCACCAUGUCGCAUGCCACCUCCCCCAGCACGGUGUACGAAUACAACCACCAUAAGCAGUCCACCUUGCCCGAAUUCACGCGAAUCAUUGAGCCCUCGUAUUCGAAAUUGGUUGUGAGCAUUCUCUUUGGCGUAAUCAAUUUUGUUCUCUGGACUGGAAAUUUGUGGUUCUUGUACAAGGAGACGACCUGGUUUGAAAGUAUUAUGAAGCACACGUCCGGUGGGGGUGGUCACUCGUCGAGCAAUAUUUAAAUGGAGGGAGGAGGAGAAAUGUAUGCAAAAGAGAAAUAAUCAACUAUCUCUAUUUGAUGGAGAAAUAGGUUAAGAGUAAUUUUAUAAUUUUGGAUGAAAAUAUAAAGCAAUCAUUGAAACGAAACUUAUGUGUGCCUAUUAUAUCAACUUGGUAAAUAUGUAUUAAUGAAAUUUAUGUGUUCUACGCAAAGAAAAACUAUGAAUACUUGUCGAUGUGAGCUUUAAAAAAUAACUAUUUGUUCGCAGAGAUACGUGAUUAUUGGAUUUUUUGAUGGGAUUAAUGAUUAAGGAUUAGUAUUCGUUAAUCCCUUCAAUCUUUAAUUCGUUAAGCACGAUUAAUUAAUCCCGUAUCGCGUAAUUAUUGGAUUUUUUCUUAUAUUAAUGGUUAAUGAUUAGUAUUCUUUAAUCCUCUCAAUCUUUAAUCCGGUAAUCGCGAUUAAUUAAUCCAGUAUCGCAUAAUUAUUGGAUUAUUAAUCCCAGAAAUCAGUUAAUCAUGUAUCUCUGCUUCGUUCGUCUUCCAACUCUUUCAAUCAGUAAUGAAAUGAAACGUGCCUUCAGCUAAUUAAAUCUAUAAGAAUAUAAAUAUAGAAAAAUAUUUUAUAUAAUAGGAAAUCUCAAAAUCUCGACGAGAAAAUACUUGAAGACUGUCUAUAUAAAACAUAAUCUGAAGUUGUGUUAAGUUAUGAAUUUUAGAAAUUUUUAGAAUUUGUGAAAUCUCUAUGUAUGUACUUAAAUAUUACUUUCGAUUUUAUGUCUAGUCAGUAAUGUGACUUAUCUUACUUUACUUUGUGUCUCUUCCUGAUCUGAUUUGUCAAGAAUUUAUGUUUUCACUACUUCUUGAUGUAUUAUAUUAAUGUUACCACCACCACAAUUAAUUAACUGGGUUUGGAUAAUUAUUAUUAUUAACUUUGUUGGUGAGAUUUAGACUUAGAUUUAGUUUUGGGGAUAAUUUAAUGGGUUUAUGAAUUAAUUUAAUGGCUGCUGUAUCCUUUCUUCUUAUGAUUAGUUAAAUUUCUUGUUUGUUUUUUAUUGUAUUCAGAUUUUGAGAAAUUUUGAACGUUUAUUACCACACCACCCCCACGACACUUGACUUGGUUGGUUUUUGGUGUAAUAUCUUCAACAGUACAAAAAAAUAGUACUUUUUUCAUCCUAAAACUAUGCAUGUGUCUUCCAAAAUCUGAGAUUAUUACAUGUUAAAAAGUAGUUAAAUACAUUUAUGUAAGGCUGGACAAACAGCGAAACGAAAAUAAAAAUAAGAGCUUUGAAUCUCCAAAUUUA